UAUCACUGGACAGUUUUGCUAAGUGAUGGAAGUUUAUUUCAUGGACUGGUUGAAGUGACAGUCACAGGAGACCAGCAUUCUGAGGACAACUUAAUGCCGUCAAAGACAGCUGAUGUCUCCAUCCAGCCACUCACUGCCAAUGGAGGACAGUAUAGGCUGAUAGAAGGCUCUUCUGGCAGCCUCCCCCAGCCUGGGCUGACCUUUGACUUCCUGCGUCUUGUCACAAACAUGAAUCCCCUCCUGGUCCCAGUCAACGGAAUCAGGAACAGGACCCCUGGUCAGAAUUGUGGUCAGCCAGGGGGCAGUACUAGUCAAGGCACAGCUAGUAUACACCAAAAAAGUGGUAACUGGGACCUUAGUUUGCAUGAAGGUGAUCAGACUAAAGGACGCACAGAUGGGAAGGACAAGUCAAGCUCUUAUAGUUUGGACGCAGGGACACAGACUGAAGGUUUGGUGCCCAAGUGGGUCCACAGUGAUAACAGUACUGGGUCAGAGUCCGCUGUAGGGGAUCACUGCUUUCUACAGCUGGGAGACCCUUAUCUCUCCUCUUUGUCGGACUUUGGUCAAUGGUCAUCUGCUGACCACUCCAGUUUAGACAGUGGAUAUGUCCAGCUGGCUGCUGGACGGGGCAGAUGCAGCACCAUGGAGACAAACUUUAGUAGCAUGUGUCCGCCAUCGUUGGUGACGUUAUCUGACAGUUCGCAAAGCUCUUUUGUGAGCAGCGACUCUGUGUACAAUAGUGGAAGUGAAAACAGCAGUAGCUAUGGUAGCAGUCACUAUGGAAACAGUCACCUUAGCAAUGGUAGCCGUGACAGUGGAACUCAGACUGAUUUAUACAGUGAUAGCCUGCAGCAGGAUCAGACAUUCAGAAAAGAGUUGAUUAACUGUAGUGAGAACAUGGGCAAUCACAGUAAUAAUAUUAUUAGCAAUGGGAUUAGUAAUAUUGGACAUGGGGAAGGAUUGGCCAUGGGUGCAAAUGCUAUAGAACUUGCAGAUUUUCCCAAAGCAGAGGAUUCCAACAGUUGCACCAUGCUCCUCUCAGAGCUGAUGGAAUGCAGGGAAUUCAUGGAUGAUUUCUGUAUCCUGAUGGACCCAGACAAGAAUUGGGAAGAAAUGGCAGCCAUUUUGUUCAGCUUGCCUCCACAUGUACUGAAGUAUAUAGAUUUUAAGACGCGUUACUUUGGUUACUGCACCGAGGUGGCAUUGGACAAAGCAAUGGCUGAGAACACAGGGUUCAAGGUCAGUCAGCUGAUACUCUGGCUAGUCAUACGGGGUCACGGUCAAGCCGUAGAAGUAAUCCUUCGCCACCACCGUGACUGCCACGUGUGCUCCAAGAUGGCACAGGAGGUCUCUGUGUAA